CACAUUCGUAAACUUGCUACCGAGCGCACUCUUUUCGGUUUGUGUGGUGAUUUUGUGGUUCGAGAAAUGGCCUUCAAGUUGACAAUCGUAGCCCUGGCGCUGGUGGCGAGCGCGCACUGCCGCAUGUUCACAUACGUCCGGCCGGCCGAGUCCAAGUCGGCUGCGACUGCGACCGUGCAGAGCGCGCAGCCGCGCCUCGGCUUCGACCACCACGUCUCCGAGGACGAACACGUCGACUAUUAUGCGUAUCCAAAAUACGUCUUCAAAUAUGGGGUGAACGACUUCCACACUGGUGACAUCAAAACUCAUCAUGAGAGCCGCGAUGGUGAUGUAGUCAAAGGACAAUACACAGUCGUGGAGCCGGACGGUUCCCUUCGCACUGUGGACUACACGGCCGACAAGCACAACGGGUUCAACGCCGUCGUGCACAAGACUGCGCCCAUCUCCCAGCACGAAGCAGCCCUCCUACAUCACCACUAUCGUACUGUGUCUCAGAAGGCCUUAUUCACGAUUUUGCUAACCGCCGCGUCCGCGCAAGGAAACUUCAUUUUCGGAAGCGGAGCCCAAGGCUGGCGCUCACUGACAAAUAAGGCCACAUAUAAGUACCCGUGCACCCUCUAUUGUCUUAUUCAGGGAUCAGACAGUAAGCCUGACAGUCGCGUUGGAUAUUGCAUAAUGUAUAGCUUAGAGUGUGCAACUUUAGUGGUGAUCGCUGUGGUGGCUCAGGCGGUUCCUAAUCCUAAAUAUAAAGGAGUUUUUCAGGGUGCUGCAGAUGUUGGGAGCUAUGAGGGAUAUUAUCAAGAUCGUCCCAGAUACGCCUUCAACUACGGAGUCGCAGACCACAGCACCGGCGACGUGAAGUCGCAACACGAGUCACGAGACGGCGAUGUUGUCAAAGGACAAUAUUCCCUAGUGGAACCCGACGGCUCCGUCCGAACAGUCGACUACACGGCAGACUCGGUCAAUGGGUUCAACGCCGUCGUCUCCAAAAGUGGACCAAGUUUUCACACCCCACCUCAUGGUCAUCACCAACCUCCACCGCAGCACAUUCCUCAACACAUACCUCAGGGACACCAUGGGAUCCCUCAGGGGAUACCCCAAGGGAUACAGAGUAUACCUCAAGGGAUACCCCAAGGGAUACCUCAUGGAAUACCCCAAGGGAUACCUCAAGGGAUAGCCCAAGUGAUACCACAAGGAAUACCACAUAGACUACCUCAAGGAGUAAUUAGUCGUGGACCAGUUGUGCGAUAUUUGGAAAAAGCUGUGCCUGUCCCUGUAGAAGUUUAUUCUAAGAGACUAUUUGGACCUGCUGGCCCUAUUUUCGCCAAGGUUGGCCCGCAGUUCCCCGACUAUGAUGGAUUCGGCAUCGACGAGUAUGAAGUACCCUACCCUUUUCAGUUUGAAUAGCUAGUAGGUUAAAAAUAUCUAUAGUUAAGUUUAAUAAAUUAUUUAACAUAUUUAA